UCCAAAAACCGGCAUGUCGGAUAUACUCCCCUCAAAUUUCUAAAUUCUCAUUUUCACCCCUUUUCUUCUCCGCCUUCCAUCCUGGCUCUCCCAGGUCGAUACUUUUAGAUUCACCUCACCGCUGAGCAGUCGCAUUCAAAUUCUCAACGCUUCAUCUGUGACCCUGGGAUUCGUGUGUGGUUUAGGCGCUACGUUUAGAUCAAAUCUGUUCAUUAUAUCCGCGAUCCGGAUCACCCCCGCAUUAUGCGUAUACAUGUGCGUCUUCUUCUUUUUCAUGAUCUUUAGAUCUUGACGGAGAAGAUGGAAUCGCAACCUUCCUCUUCGUCGGGAAGGUUCGAAGCUCAAGGAAGUUUCAACACUAAAAUAUCUAGGUCGGUUUCGGAUUCCAACAACCAUAGCCAGAGCUUAGCUUCAAUUCUCAAUAAUCCUCAUGCUGGGAAGUCUGAUAGCUGGUGGUGGUCUGCCUCGGCGUCUGUUCCAGUCCCUGAGUUUACCCAGCUGCCGCCUCCACCCAAGCCCGGAUCUGAUAUCGCCCGACCCGAUUUUGGGCACUACUUGUCCUCCAUCUCCGACCAGUAUGCCCGUUUCCAUGACAUCCAACAGCAUAGUAAGUUCGAGUCUAUUGAAGGACAGAAUGGUGAGAAUGCACUUGUUGCCUGCCUACGGGAAGUUCCCGCUCUAUACUUUAAGGAGGAUUUUAGAUUGGAGGAAGGUGCCACGUUCAAGGGUGCUUGCCCCUUCCGGACCACGACUGAGAAUUUGGUUCUGCAAGAUAAGCUCUCUCAGUAUUUGGAUGUAGUGGAACUGCACUUGGUGCGGGAGAUUUCGUUGCGCUCAAGCUCGUUUUUUGAAGCUCAGGGUCAACUGGAGGAUCUGAACGACAAGAUUGUUGGAGGGUGUAUUAGAAUAAGAGAACUCAAGGAGUCCAUAAGGCUGCUGGACGAAAAUUUAGUGGGGUCUGCAAGAAAGGUCCACGAGUUGAGUGAGCAGAGAGGGGACUUGAUUUCUCUCCAGAACAAGUUGAGGCUCAUACUAUAUGUUAAUCAAGCUCUUUCCACUCUUAAGUUGCUUGUUGCAUCUGCCGAUUGUGCUGGAGCUUUAGAUGUAACCGAUGAUUUGCAGCAUUUGUUGGAUGAGGAUGAAUUGGCUGGUCUACACUGCUUCCGUCACCUUCGUGAUCAAUUGGCUGCUUCAAUUGACUCCAUUAACAGCAUUCUUUCAGCAGAAUUUAUGCGUACUUCUAUACAUCAAUCUGGGUAUAUGGAUGCAUCAAUAACAUCAAAGUUUAAAGCUCGAGCAACUAUAGCUAUGAAUGGGGAUGAUAAUGAAGUUAGAUUGGAUGAAGAAGAAAGCUCCAAUUUCCGAGAUCGACUUCUUCCUCUUGUUAUUGGAUUGCUUAGAACUGCAAAACUCCCAGCUGUAUUGAGGAUGUAUCGUGAUACUCUUACAGCUGAUAUGAAAACCGCUAUUAAGGUAGCAGUUGAAGAGUUGCUUCCCGUUCUUGGUGCUCAACCUCUUGAUUCUGAUUUUGUCACAGGAGAGCGAGCAGGAGACACAGAUGGUGGAGGUUCAUCGCUUGCAAGCAGGUUGAGAAGCUUGUCUCCUGAAAAUUUUGUUCAACUUUUGAAAGCGGUUUUCAUGAUAGUUCAGUGAAUGCAGGCCCACUUGGCACGAGCUUCUGAAGUUAAGAAAGCAAUUGAGUGGAUUAUGUGCCAUGUUGAUGGCCAUUAUGCUGCUGACUCAGUUGCUGCUGCAAUUGCUCUUGGGGCAGCUGCUGCAGAAACAGCUCAGGAAACAGAUAAUCAUGCUAAUUCUUUUUUGCCAUAUUCUAUUCCAAGGAACAGUAGUAAUGCUUCAUCAAUCCAAGGAAAAGGCAGUGAGGUGUCAACAGCUUCAAAUCUGUCGAGAAACUUCAGAGCUGAUAUUUUAAGAGAGAAUACAGAAGCUGUAUUCGCUGCGUGUGAUGCUGCUCAUGGGAGGUGGGCAAAGAUCCUUGGAGUCAGGUCUCCCAUUCAUCCAAGACUACGAUUGCAGGAGUUUCUCAACAUAUAUAACAUAACCCAGGAAUUCAUAACUGCAACUGAGAGGAUUGGUGGAAGGUUGGGGUAUAGCAUACGAGGAACACUACAAUCGCAGGCUAAAGGUUUUGUUGAAUUUCAACACGAGUCUCGAAUGGCAAAAAUGAAAGCAAUACUUGAUCAGGAAAACUGGGCUGAGAUUGAUGUGCCUGAUGAGUUUCAGGUCAUAGUCACAUCACUGUUUUGCUUUGAAUCUUUGGCUACAAGUGAGAACACUACAGCCAAUGGUGCUGUUACCCCCGGCAGUGAAGGUUCCCCUACAGAUGCGAAGGUCUCAAAUUCAUCUCAAAAUAUGGAGCAGCAUGGUUCUGUUGCAGUGCCUAUGGAUAAUACAUCAGGAGGUGCAUCAUUAUUAAGAACUGAAAGCAGACAUACAGACCCUGAAAGUAAUGUGGCACAAAGUUCUGAAUCUAACUCAAGGCAACAUGCAAAAGCUUCACCUAGAAUGCUUUUUUUCCAUGGAAUAGGAUAUCACAUGGUUAACUGUGGGUUGAUUCUGGUGAAGAUGAUUUCUGAGUAUAUUGACAUGAAUAAUAGUAUGUCGGGACUUUCUUCAGAAGUUGUUCAUCGUGUUGUUGAGAUCUUGAAAUUUUUCAAUACAAGGACUUGUCAACUUGUUCUUGGUGCUGGAGCUAUGCAGGUCUCAGGUUUAAAGUCUAUCACUUCUAAGCAUCUGGCUUUGGCAAGUCAAGUGAUCAGUUUCACAUACGCUAUCAUACCAGAAGUCAAGAGGGUGCUAUUCCUUAAAGUACCUGAAACACGCAAAGGUCUGUUGAUGUUAGAGAUUGAUCGUGUAGCACAGGACUACAAAGUACAUAGAGAUGAAAUACAUUCAAAGCUUGUACAGAUCAUGAGGGAGAGAUUAUUAAUUCAUCUGCGUGGUUUGCCUCAAAUUGUGGAGAACUGGAGUAGGCAUGAUGACGCAGAUUCACAGCCAAGUCAGUUUGCUCGAUCUAUUACAAAGGAAGUCGGUCUUCUGCAUCGUGUGUUAUCUCGAAGCCUGCAUGAAGUAGAUGUCCAAACUAUUUUCAGGCAAGUGGUGAAAAUAUUCCAUACUCAAAUCUCAGAAGCUUUGUCACGUGUUGACAUUAGUAAUUCUCAAGUGCAGAACCGAGUGUAUCGUGAUGUUCAACAUAUUCUCGGGUGUAUCAGAGCAUUGCCUUCUGAUGAAUUGAAUAAAUCCAAUCCGCAUAAUUGGGGGCAGCUUGAUGAAUUUGUGGCGCAAAAUUUCAGUGCAGAAGCCAAAUCAUAGAUUUCUUGUAGAAUAGCCUUUUGAUCGAUCAGAUGCAGACUUCAAUGGUGUUUUGGGAGCAAUUAAGGAAUGGCCGAAGCCUAUGCGUCCAAGUUACACUAAUGACGGGGUAAACUUGUGUCUUGUCCUCUACUUCGAUUUUUACUUGUAAAUUUUUGUCAUUAGCCUCCCUGGCAGUCUAUCCAGUGUUUGUAUGGAAAGGGUUGAACUGAAAAGUUUAUAGGACGAACAACAAUUUAGACAAAGAUGAGAAGAUGUAGGGAAGUAGUGUUCCUAGUCAUUUUCUGGAUAGGAAAGAGCUACUGGGAAAAAAAUAAUCCUGAGUUACAUUGUCAUUCUUGAUUAGGGGUGGAAUGAAGUAUGCCCUUUUGUCGAGUGUACUUUGCUUACAGUUGUUUAUUUGCAUAAAACAAAACCAGUUGCAGUUUCUCAUGCAUUACAGUGAAUUUCACUAUUGGUACCUUGAC